AACAAUGAGAAAGGAGGCAAUUGCAGAGGCCAUGAAAAGCCAAAGUGCCGGCGCCGGCGCCGGCGGCCAAGCACCACCACCCAUUAAUUCUCUAUUACAAACAUUCCAAGCGGCGUCACCGUCGCCGUCGGCUCUCCAGCAGAUUCAAUCUCCCUCUCCAUGUAUCCCGAAGAGCCCUUUCGUGUCCCGGGUAAUGACCCCCAUAGCCAGCCCCAUGAAAAAGGCCAUUGCAUGCCUUGAAGAGCUUGGGCAGCUCACAAAGCUUGACCUCCAGGAUUCAUGGCUUCCAAUCACUGAAUCCAGAAAUGGUAACGCUUACUACGCCGCCUUCCACACCCUUAGCUCUGGCCUCGGAGUCCAAGCACUUGUCCUUCCUUUCGCUUUCACUGCCCUUGGAUGGACAUGGGGAAUAAUAUGUUUGUCCAUAGCUUUUGUGUGGCAACUCUAUACACUGUGGUUGCUCAUCCAACUCCAUGAAUCAGUGGCAGGAACUCGCUAUGGCCGCUAUCUCCGCCUUUCAAUGGCGGCUUUUGGUGAGAAAGUUGGGAAGGCGUUGGCACUGUUUCCGACCAUGUACCUUUCCGGCGGGACCUGCGUGACGCUGAUAAUGAUCGGAGCCGGGUCCAUGAAGAUGUUCUUCAAAAUCUCAUUCGGCGGCGCCGAUCCGCUCACCACGUUAGAGUGGUACGCCGUCUUUACCACCUCCUCCAUAGUUCUAGCUCAGCUUCCCAACCUCAACUCCAUCGCCGGAGUGUCGCUGGUGGGAGCCAUCGCCGCCGUCGCCUACUGCACCGUCACAUGGGCGGUGUCCGUCGUCAAACAUCGCCCCGCCGACGUGUCGUACGAUCCCGUGGAAGUGGAUUCCGCGGUCGGGAGGGUUUGCAACAUUCUCAACGCUCUUGGCAUCAUAGCUUUCACUUUCAGGGGACAUAAUCUUGUUUUAGAGAUUCAGAGUACAAUGCCGUCUAGUAUGAAGCAUCCAUCGAGUUUACCGAUGUGGAGGGGAGUGAAGGUGUCUUAUCUAAUCAUCUCAUGUUGCCUCUUUCCCCUGGCAGUAGGAGGUUACUGGGCUUAUGGAAACCUCAUGCCAACAAGUGGGGGGAUAUUAACAGCCUUGGACAAGUACCAUGGUUAUGAUACAUCAAAGGUGACACUAGGGAUAAUAAAUCUGCUAGUGGUGAUCCAUAGCCUGACCUCUUUCCAGAUAUAUGCAAUGCCAGUGUUUGAUAACCUGGAGUUCAGAUACACCAGCAAGAAGAAUAGGCCAUGCCCGUGGUGGCUUAGGGCGGCACUCCGCCUCUUCUUCGGGGGGCUGGCAUUUUUCAUUGCGGUGGCACUGCCGUUCUUGCCCAGUCUGGCAGGGCUGAUUGGCGGGAUUGCGCUGCCGGUCACCUUGGCAUAUCCCUGUUUGAUGUGGAUAAUGAUGAAGACCCCCAAAAGGUACACUCCAAUGUGGUGUGUGAAUUGGUUUCUUGGGAUUUUAGGGUUGGCUCUCAGCAUUCUUCUGGUGUUUGGUGCUAUAUGGAUGAUAGCAACUCAGGGGAUUAAAGUCCAUUUCUUCAAGCCCCAGUGAGACAAAACAACUAGAAGUUACAUAUUAUAUGCAACAUUAAAUGUAUUGCUUAUGACUGUAUCCCUCCAAAAAAUAUAUAAAUAAGAAAAAAAAAUUAAGUACCGCUAAAA